UUUGCAAUGGUGUUUUAGACUUACUCAAGCAGUGACCCUAAAAAGGAAGUAGCUAGUACAAAACUAUCUGAGCCAGUGGCUGUACCACCAACUGUUAUUGAAACUCCUUUAACAACUAAACCAUUGAAGGAGACUAAAGGGCCCAUUCAAACUACUACUGCCACCAGUGAUGAAGUCAUCAAGUCAUCGCCACCUCCUUCAACGAUUGCUAAGACAAUGAUUCUUCCAAAGACUAAAGAACCCAUUCAAGCUACUGCUCCCACCAGUGAUCAAGAACUCAUCAAGUCAUCAUCACUGCCUCCUUCAAUUACUGCUGAGACAAAGAUUCUUCCAAAGACUCACUUAAGCCGUGACCCUAAAAAGGAAGUAGCUAGUACAAAACUAUCUGAGCCAGUGGCUGUACCACCAACUGUUAUUGAAACUCCUUUAACAACUAAACCAUUGAAGGAGACUAAAGAACCCAUUCAAACCACUACUGCCACCAGUGAUCAAGAAGUCAUCAAGUCAUCGCCACCUCCUUCAAUGACUGCUGAGACAAUGAUUCUUCCAAAGACUAAAGAACCCAUUCAAACUACUGCUCCCACCAGUGAUCAAGAACUUAUCAAGUCAUCAUCACCGCCUCCUUCAAUUGCUGCUGAGACAAAGAUUCUUCCAAAGGUAAUUUUCUUUCCUUCCUCGUAUGAUUUCCUAAACAAAGCACAAGUUCUGUCUAGCUUGGCAGAAUUAAAAGAGAGUAUUCCUGUGGCUGCAACUAUUGCAGAAACCGCUCAAGCUCGCAGAACAUCUCUUUCAGGGAAAACCACUGAUCUUGAAGCAAGAUUGGCACAAAGAGAAAAGAAACUAAGUUUCUUGGAGACUGAAUUCUCUAGACUUUCAAAAGAAGAAGAAAAAGUAGAGGCUCAAUUUCAAUUCUUAAUUACCCAGAAGGAGAAAAUUCUUGCUAAUAAGAAGUAUGUUUUAGCUGACUUGGAGAAAACAAAUGAUGAAGCUUUAAAAGAUUUAGAAGAAUGGCGAAAUCUAGAAAGUGAGAUCAAGCAGGCGAAUUAA